GUUGCAUCUUCGGAAACGUCACGCUUCUCUUGAUGGUAAACAAUUUGGAAUACAAUAAUCUCGCUUGCCCAAAACCCAAAGAGGCCGUAGCGUAACAUAUUUUCUGCAUCUUCUUCUGUAAAAAGAGCUGGCACAGUAAACUGAUACAGCAGUUUUCUCCGUUGUAUUACGACUGGAUGCAACGAUGAAUGUAAGAGCAUCAAUAGCAUAGAACGCCACAUUCCAGGUGCCUUUUAUGUCUGGUAAACACUUCCGGUAAAAAGAUUUGGGUGUGCGCACAGAUCCGGUCCACAAAGCAAAGUCUACCAACGUGUUUUGCAGUCCAUGCCUUAACCCUUCGCUGGCUGAAUCAACUAAAGAAUUUAAAGAAGAAUAUGGACGAUACACGCAUUCACGAUGCCACUGCCGUAGGACGAUCGCAAACUGCACCAAACUAUGAUCAAUACGCUGCAACGGAUAUGAAAAAAUAUUAUCCACCCAGUGGUCCCAUCUCCAAUGCGCCACAAAAUGGGGAAAGUUCAUCGCUCCAGCUGCACUUUGCAUCACUCGCUGGGCUGGAUUUGGGCAAGCGGAUAGCACAACCGGGCGAGCGCAUUGAAAUGUAUUUCAAAAAUCCCUACAAUACCGAGAGCGAGGAAGAGGAGCAACCGGGAGCAGGGAAUGGUACACAUCUGCAAGCGGUUAAUGUGACCAAACCGAAACAACCCCGGAAACGCAACGGUUCCGGAAAGCGUAAGCAAAAGUCACCGAAAGUGGAGUCUGCCGAAGAAAUUGCACUACGAAAGUUUCCCUGCCCGGAGUGUCCACUAUCGUUUAAGACCGGUUACCAUCUGAAGCGUCAUCAUGCGACCAUUCAUCAGGAUCAACGGUUUCCAUGCACGGUGUGCCACACGUCUUAUGGCCGGCGCGAGAAGCUUCGUGCGCAUCUGGAACUCAUACACAAGAUUCAAAGCUAUUUCGUGUGCGAAAUUUGUCUGGUUUCGUACGAGAGUGACGAUUUGCUACAGCGACACGUUUACCGCCAUGAGCACCCGAAACCACUCGAGUGUGGCACUUGUUUGACGCCGAAUGCACGCACAUCGGAGGGAAACUAUGGUGGAAAUCAUAUCUGCAUCACGUACCAGAACAAUUACGAAUGCUGUGGGAAAGAUUUCGGGUACCAUUACUACUAUAACAGGCACAUGUUGACGGUUCACAAUAUAAAAACGAACGCGCGGGUUAAAUUGCCCAAGGGUACACUACUCAGUCAGUUUCGUGCAAUGCGCUCAUCGAGGGUCUCGUGAAAAGGUCCUCCACAGUGUGUGAAUUCAACACAGCUGUUUCGAAGAUUGCUUUAGUAUAAUAGUAUUAAGAAUGCUGCGCUUUUCGUCCAGGUGACAACAACAUUUAGCAGUUUAUGAUGAUAAUUUUAAAAACGAAAAUCUCAAACUUUACAGUACACAGAAAUUUGAACGUUUUCCGCGCAUAAACUGAAGUAAAAUUCAUUCGAUGAUUGUGACAGCAUCAUAGUUGAAUAGCCAGGACAUGGUACUAGACGUUAAGGUGAUCGCUAAGACUCAUUCUUAGUCAUCAACGUUUGGUCAGACACACUAUCGGUUGAGGGUUUCGGUGGGCAUGACCUACCAAGCUAUAUGUGCAGAAAAUUAAUAACAAAAUUGAAUAGGUUAUAUUAGGAAUAGGAUUUUCCCUUCUCCAUUUUUAUUUUGGCACUACAACCUCAGGAGGAGUUAGGCCAGCCUUUUUUAGUUUUUCUUGACUUUAUUUACCCAUAGCUGGUCACAGUUAGUCCGUAUAGUAUUCGGUAUCGGUUUUAUCGUGUGAACAAUGAAGUAACGGAUGUUACCUCUGAUAAAUUUUAUUAUAAUAAUGACUACCAGACUCCACAGACAGCCCAAGUUCGAUCAGAAUUUAAACUUUUAAACCCUUCAGAAGAAAGAGCACAUGAAACGUUUGAUUGGAUACUAACCAAUAAGACGUAAAACGAAUGAAGAGCAAGAGCGAUAGCUGUUUCGUGACGUUUAGAAGUAUUAAACUUGAAAGUAGUAUCACUUUAAUUUCUCAAUUAUGUUUAUGCGUGUGCAGCUAGAUUAUUUAAAUCGAAACAAUUGAACCUAUCUAGGUGUGCGUGUGUGUGUAUGUGGAGGGUCGUAAACAAAUAACAGUAUGAUGAUACCUUAACAAACACCGAUUUGAGUUUGUAUAUAGGUAAAUACAUAUUUUCCCUAGUGUACUAUUUAUCGCGAAUAAAAACCACAUCGCAAAGAGUGAACAAAA